AUGAUUAUCCUUGCCAGACUCUCCAUCUUACUCCUCGCAUCGACAGUUAAGGCACAGAAAGGCAUAGGCCAAGCGUCAAACUUCAACAUAAGCAAAGAAGUGGCCUUGUCAUAUGGAUGCAACGAAACAUGCCAAGAAGUGCUAGCUAUCACCAAUGCUGCUGACCUUGAGACAAUGGGCACCGCAUUUGACUUUGACUUCUAUGAAACAGCAGAUAAUUUCUCUACCUCAACUCCAGGCGACCUGCUGAAACUCGCGGCUAUUGAUAGCUCCUCUCUAGAUGUCCCUGCUGGCAUGACUACUUUUCGAUUCCAGUAUACUUCUCGAGACCUAGACGGAAGCCCUGUGCCCUCUACCGGAUUUAUCGCUUUCCCAUUUGCAAAGCCUGCUUGCGGUCAGGAGCUCCCUCUGGUUGCGUAUGCCCACGGCACCAUCGGUGUGUACCGUGGCUGUGCGCCGUCAUCUUCACCUAGCCUUUUCAACUAUGAUAGUUGGUCGCCACUUAUCAUGCGUGGGUACGCUAUUGUAGGAACUGACUAUGCUGGUCUUGGGAACAACUUCACGACGCAUAAAUACACUAGCUAUGCUGCCCAUGCAAACGACAUAUACUAUUCAGUAAAGGCCGCCCACAAGGCCUUUCCUGGUGUCUUCACGAGAGAAUGGAUGAGUGUCGGUCAUUCUCAGGGAGCUGGCGCGGUAUGGAAGCUGUCUGAGCAUCCCCUGGUGCAAAAGGCCAGCUCAGGCUACCUUGGAACUGUUGCAGUGUCUCCGGCAGCCAAGCUCUAUGAUACCGUCAAACUUGUUUACAAUUCUUAUUUCCCUCGACCUGGCUUUCACCAAUACGUCGUCGCUGCUGAGAUGGGUCCGCUUGUAUAUGGCGUCAUGCAAGCAUUUCCCAACUACAAAUGCCCAUGGCUUGGCGAGGCUAUGAAGCAGAGGCUCAAGCUUGCCAGUCUUGGACAAUUCUGUACCAUGGCAUUUAUGGGUUUGUCCUUCGACUUGUCACGAGAGCAACUCAUUAUGUCUAGCAAAAACCCGAAAGAGGAUCAGACAUUGAAGAAAUUCCAAGCGAUUAAUGCUCCGGCACAGGGCAAUUCAGCUUCUCGGCCACUCCUCGUUAUACAUGGAUGGAAUGACACCUCAGUUAUCCCCGAAAAUACCGUGGAGGCGUAUCACGCGGCUGUCGCGGCAGGAAAUGAGGUUCACCUGGUUCGGUAUCCUGGUUUGGAUCACUCGGCUACUCUGACUGCCUCAGCACCACGGUGGUUGGAGUUUUUGGAUGACAAAUUUGCCCACAAGCGUGGAAACGGUAAAUCAACAGACAUUACAGUUGAGCCAUUCGAUUUAGCCGUGGCAAAAGCACCGCUGGAGCUUCCCUUGAACGAACAGCCGCUGCUGGGCUUUUUGAAGUACUAG